CAGGAUCCCUGUCCAUGUUGGAAGCCGUCUGCUAAGGUCAUAACGCAACGAGAACCGAGAGUGGAUGCACGACUUUCCUCCUUUUCCUCGUUAUGAGAUCAUUAAUAUUUGCCCUGUUCCUCAUUGGAAUCAUUGGAAUUAAUGCUGCUGUGCAAGAAUACGAGGACAAUGACUUUGCCGAAUUUGAAGUAUUUGAUGAAGAGGAGGAGAUAGUAGGAGAAGAGGAUGAAGCACAAACCAAGGAAGAAGCACCAGCAUCAAGAGCAGGAGGAGCAGGAGGAGGAGGAGCAGGGGGAGGAGGUGGCGGCAGCCAGGAAGGGGGUGGCCAAAGAAUGGAUGUGGAGGAGGAUGAAGAGGAAGCAGUGGUUGAGGAUGAAGAUGAGAAUGAUGAAUUCAGUCACUUCCACGAUGAAGAGGAAUUCAUUGGAUUUGACAGUGAGCGUCCCCAAGGAGCCAGGGUGCCCAAAACACAAGAGGAACCCAAGAUUACCAUAGCUAAUGUUCCCCUUCAUCUUCGAAGCAACUGGGAUAGCUUCUACCUAGAAAUGCUGAUGAUUGCAGGGCUUGUUGUGUACUUUAUCAAUUUCAUAGUGGGAAAAUCUAAAAACCAGAAACUAGCCAAUGCUUGGUAUAAUUCACAUAGAAGCCUUUUGGAGCAGAACUUUGCUCUAGUUGGGGAUGAUGGUAAGAUGCCACCAGAAAAUGCAGGUUUGCAAAAGGAAUCUGAGAAUGUUUAUACACUAUGGUGCUCUGGUCGCGUCAAUGUUGAAGGAAUGCUAGUGGAACUGAAAUUCAUAAAAAGACAAGACAUGAUUGGUGUGAUAUCCCAGCUUAUACGUCCAUCAAGUGACCAGCUGCUUGUGAAGGUCCACCUUGAUGAGAUGGAUUCCUUUGUCUUCUCGCUUGCCACCAAGAAAACAGCUGGCAGGCUGGCCAAGGAGAUGACAGACAUUAGCACUUUCUGCCCUGAGAAAAAGUCACCUGAGAAGUUUGGCCUGGGAUCGCAGUUUGUGAUGAUGAACGAACUAGGUGAAGUGUCGUCAACAAUACUAGGUGACCACAAAGUGACAGCUGUGCUCAAUAAAUUCCCAGGCUUGGUUGACUUCUUCCAUUUCUCUGACCAAUAUUCUGGACCCAAGCAGCCUGAGGACACCCAACCAGCCAAACUUCCGGAAGUGCGCAAGGCUCUGGUGUUUGGAUUCAACUUCCCUGGCCGUGGGAACCCCUCCAUGGAUGCCAUUGAGGGCAUGAAGCCCCUCCUGCAGCUGGUGUUCCACUUGACAGACAAGAUUAGGAGGUUCAAGCUCAGCAAGGAGGGUAAGACAAAGGCUGAGAAGAAUCGUGCUCGUGUGGAGGAGGCAUUCCUGAAGGCCACUCAUGCUGUGCGAGCUGAGCAGGCACAGCAAAAGCGAGAGGAACGCAAGAGGGUGGAGCGUGAGAAGAUGCUUCAGAUUGAUGAUCCUGACAAGCAACGCAAAUGGGAAGAGCGCGAACAUCGCCGCCAGAUGAAACGCCGAGCCCCCAAAAUGAAGCAGCUCAAGGUGUGAAGAUUUAACGAGGACGAAUUACUCAGGUAUGAAUCCCAAAAUCCCUGCAGACGACUGUGGCAAUUGACACUGAAAUAGGAUUUAUGACGAUGGUAGUUGUAAGAAAAAAUCGAGGAAGGACGGAAAACAGAUGCAUUCAGUUUAUGAUAAGUAACUAAACAGAAAGACAGAAAUGUGGUGAGCUUAGGACUACUUUAUUUUUCUUAUUGGAAUUUUGUUAACCUGAUUUUCCAUUUGUUUGUUUUAAUUUUCAGUUUUGUUUGCUACAUGAAUGAAAACCGUUUUGAUUGAAUGUUUAUAGGAUAUUCAUCAGUAUUUGUCAGAUGCCACCAGGUGUAUUAGCUUGUUAAGAAGUGCCAAAGUUUCCUAUAUAUUCUUCAAAAUAUGUUGUUGAUUUGUUUUAAGGAGAGAUUCUGAUUUGGAUAAUUUUUACUUAAUUUGUUGGUAGCCUGCUCUUCACAUUACUGCAAAAAAAAAGAAAAAGUAAAAAAAGAGAGAGAAAGAAAUAUGUACUGAUCUGAAACUUAGAUAAUGAAACCUUUGUAGUGAUUUCUGAGUUAAGGAAUGGUUCCUUCAUAUCGUUUUUUUAGGGCUCUGAUCCAGGCUCUUGUCUAUAUAUAUUGAGUAAUAUCUCAUGAUUGUGAUUAAUCAAAGGAAAGUUUAUUAAUGCUUGGCCAAACAUAGGUGUAACAUUUUGAGUAACUUAUUUGUUUGUUUGUCAAUGUGCUAGAACCAAAGUUUUUUUGUUUGUUUGAUUUGCCACAGAAAAUACCGUGAAUCAUCCAGAAUAAUUACUCUUAAUUCUUCAUUAUAAUAGCUUAACAUAACUUAUAACUGUAAUACAUAUAUCAUAAACAGUGCUUUAUUACAUCAGAUUUACUCUCAUAGCAGAAAUGAGAGUAAUGUGAAAUUUCCUAUUUUCAGACUUCAUAAGAGAAUAUGGUGUAUGUAGAAGAGUACAAGAUGUGUUUAUUUUGGUAAGUUUGGUGAAAGUAGUCUACCUUGGUCCUUUAAAUUAUCAAAAACAUGUCAUCACAUGAUAGAAUUUUUCCUGUGCAGUGCCGUCCCUGUCAGACUUGUUUCUGCGUGUGUGACAGGCCUUGAGUUUUAUUCUUUAUCUUUGUCUUUUCCUGAUGGUGUACCUUUGUGGGGAGAAGUUAUUUUUACAGGGUUUCACAAAGAAUGGAUCACAAGACUUCAGUAUUGCGUGUAUGUGUGCAUGGGCUCCAUAGAUAGCACUUUGUACAAGGAUGAUGAUGUGAACAGACAGAAUGUUGUGCUUGUUGUUUCCUGAAGAGCAAAGUUGUGUGAAGUUUUUCAUUCCUGUGAUACUUCUAGGUAUGCAAUAGGAAAAAUUGUUAUUCAUCAUGAAUUCAUUCCUCUUUUGUAUGUUCCAUGCAUUGUUAUUAUGUACUAAUGAUAGUACUAUUUGAAUAUUUCUUUGGGAGAGUUGAAACCAAUCUUUUUGAUUGGCAUUGUGUGCUGAUACCCAAGAAGUUAAGGUUUGGUACUUUGUACCAUAAGGCUCAAUUUCUGGGUUUAUAUAUUUUUCAGUUGAUUAUGUUAGGAACGACUGUGCAUAUUGUAAGGCUCAUCUAUUUGUAGGAAAUCUGUGAGGGCCAAUCAUUUUUGCAAUUGUCUUAUUUGAUUUGUAUUGUGCUAGUCUGUGUAUUUCAUAUUAUAAGUUAUGACUGUUAAAAUGGUGUUUUGCACCAUAGAAAAUUUUUAAACCUUAAUAAAAAUUGGAAAAAUACA